CUCUGCAGUGGGGGCGGGGCUAGCCAUCACGUGAUCCCGCUGGGCAGUGACCUUGUUCCAGAGACAACCUGAAAAUGUCCCAAAUCUGCCAGAGAGUGCUCCGUGUGACAGCCUGGGGUUCCAAGGUGUCUGUCCGUCCUUAUGCUCAAACAGCCGAGACUGCGAUCGGAAAGGAUGGGAUGUCUACAGCAGCUGCUUCCCCACGCAUCUACAACAAGAAUGCAUCCGCUGAGGCGUCUCGCUCCUUUGCAGUGGGGAUGUUUAGUGGCCAGCUUCACACAGACCAAGUAUUCCCCUAUCCGUCAGUACUGAAUGAGGAUCAGUCUCAGUUCCUGAGUGAGCUGGUUGGACCCGUGUCCCGAUUCUUUCAGGAAGUGAAUGAUCCAGGUCUGAAUGACUCUCUACAACAAGUGGAUGAGAAAUCGAUGUCUGGAUUAAAGGAACUCGGAGCAUUUGGUCUGCAGAUACCCAGCGAGCUGGGCGGUAUGGGUCUGAAUAACACUCAGUAUGCACGUCUGGUGGAGAUUGUAGGGCUUCAUGACCUUGGUGUGGGCAUCACUCUGGGAGCUCAUCAGUCCAUUGGCUUCAAAGGAAUUCUUCUGUAUGGGACCCAGGAGCAAAAGACAAAGUACUUUCCUCGGCUGGCUUCGGGUGAAACUAUAGCUGCUUUUUGCCUGACUGAGCCUUCCAGUGGGUCAGAUGCAGCGUCUAUCCAAACUACUGCCAAGAAGAGCCCAUGUGGGCAGUAUUAUACCCUCUCUGGUAGUAAGAUCUGGAUAAGUAAUGGGGGCAUUGCUGAUCUACUCACGGUGUUUGCGAAGACUCCAGUUACAGACCCGGCGAGUGGUGAAACGAAGGAGAAGAUCACUGCGUUUAUUGUAGAGAGAGGAGAGGGGAUCACUAGCGGCCCGCCAGACAGCAAGCUAGGGAUCCGCGCCAGUAAUACUGCAACCGUCUAUUUGGAUGAUGUACGGGUCCCAGCCGAGAACGUGCUAGGAGGGGAAGGGAAUGGAUUCAAGGUUGCAAUGAAUAUCUUAAAUAACGGGCGCUUUGGUAUGGCAGCCGCAUUGUCCGGCACCAUGAAAGGCAUGAUCCAAAAAGCUGUGGACCAUGCUGCAAGCCGAGUCCAGUUUGGUAAUAAACUCCAUCAUUAUGGAGUUAUACAGGAGAAGCUGGCUCGGAUGGCCGUGUUGCAGUAUGUUACCGAGUCCAUGGCAUACAUGAUCAGCGCAAAUAUGGAUUCCGGGAGUAAAGAUUUCCAAAUUGAAGCCGCGAUCAGUAAAAUCUUCGGUUCGGAAGCUGCCUGGUGUGUAACCGAUGAAUGUAUUCAGAUUUUGGGUGGAACCGGUUUCAUGAAGGACGGCGGAGUGGAGCGUGUUCUCCGUGAUCUUCGCGUUUUCAGGAUAUUUGAGGGAACCAAUGACAUCCUCCGAUUGUUUGUAGCACUACAAGGCCUACAGUGUGCCGGGAAGGAGCUGAAGUCUUUACAGAAGGAGCUGAGCCAGCCGCUAAGUAACCCUUCAUUACUGCUGAGGGAGCUGGCGAAAAGAGCACGAAGGAAGGCUGGUCUGGGGACAGGACUCACUCUAACAGAACAUGUCCACCCAGAGUUGAAAAGAAGCGCAGAAUUGGCUGUUGUAUGUGUGGAGGAUUUUGGUGGCACUGUAGAAGAGAUGCUCAUUAAAUAUGGCAAGAGGAUUGUGGAUGAGCAGUUUGUGCUGGAAAGGAUCGCAAACUGCGCCAUUGAUCUCUACGCCAUGAUUGUUGUGUUAUCCAGGAGUUCACGCUCCCUGUCUCAAGGGCUCCCAACAGCACUGCAUGAGAAGAUACUUUGUGAUAUCUGGUGUUCGGAGGCAGAGCCCCGUGUACGUAAAACCCUGCAGACCUUGCGGAGCGGAGGGGGAGGAACCGCACUCUUCAGGAACUUGCGUUCAGUGUCUGCUGCUCUUGUCGAACAUGGUGGUGUGGUGGCUUCUCAUCCACUGGGCUUCUAAGUGGAGUCAUACUGUCAUGAAGUUGAUGGAAUUGUUUGCUGCUUUCUAUUUCACCACCAAACGUGCCACUAAAAUACUAUACAUGUGUCAUAUUACACGUGACAUCUGUGUAUGGUACGCCCAGGAGGAUUCCUCUCAGCCUUUAAUAUUAUUUGUGAAGUGCCUCCAGGAUAAUAAAUAUUGGAAUUUGACU